AAUACAUUAAACAGAAAGAUGCCCGAUUCGCCGUUCUGAGAAAACUCCGCGCAAAGAAUUAAAAUGUUAAGAAACCUACGCCGAGUCGGCCAGCUUCAACGGGGUUUUGCGCAGCGGGGUAAUGCGAUCCCCCCCCCCUUACAGGGGCUACAUAUAAGGUCUCUGGCAGAGGAGGGGAAAGACACCUGGGGCAGAAAGAAUGGCCCCAUCUUACAACAAGGGGGAAGAGGGCCUAAAAAGGGGUGGCCUGCCUGCUAUUUUCUUCCCUCCUGCCGGGAGCCUCCCUUCGAAUUCUGAGCGGGUCGCAUUGUGACGCCUGAAUGGUUGCCGCGAGUGUGGCUCCCGCUGGGAUCAGCUCCCGCGCGGGCUCGGCGUAGUCCAGGAGCUGCAAAAAAAAAAAAAAAAAAGGAAAAAAAAACAUGGGGCUCCGCAAGACGGGAGGCGCGUGCACACUCGCCUUCUUGCUGAACCUGUGGUUGAACCUGCUAGCCGAAGAAGAGCCCGACAUCGCCUUUAAUGACUCGCUGUCUCUAGAAGCGGCUUUAGCGGAGCCUAUCGUGCAGCUUGUGGACUCGGGUGAAAAUUUGACAGAGCCUAAAGAAGUAGAAUUUGGAGAAUGCACUGUUACAUGUGGUAUUGGCAUUCGAGAAGUUAUAUUAACCAAUGGAUGUCCUGGAGGUGAAACAAAGUGUAUUGUUCGUGUUGAAGAAUGCAGAGGACCAGCAGAUUGUGGCUGGGGCAAACCUAUUUCUGAGAGUCUUCUUAGUGUGAAGAUACCAUGUAUAUUUGUACCUCCAGAAAAUCGAUUUCAAUAUAUUUGGAAAAUGUUGAUUCCCGACCAACAAUCACUCAUUAUUCCUAAUGAUUCAGCUAUUUUGGAAGUACACAGAGAUACUCAUCCCGUUGCAUUUGAGUGUGAUACAAUAGAAAAUGAUGAAUUGAUUGCAUCUGUAAAAUAUACAGUGUACACCACAGCUGAGCUGGAAACAAGGCGUUUGAGGAAGCCAAGUACAGAUAUCGUAUUGGUGUUUGUCCUGAUAACCGGAGUUAUAGUUUGUGUUGGAGUUAUCUUUGCAAUAACUUUCAUCAUUCUUAAUUGGGCUGCUGUGAAAAGCUUCUGGCAGACAAAAGUUUGGAAAAAUAAGGAUGACUUAGGUUCAGUGAGAACAUCAGUUGGGCCAGCAACCACAGUAGAAGCAUCUCAGAUGUCACAAGCAGAAACCUCUGCACAGGAACAAGGUUCCUAUCAGGAAUGGAAUGCAGCAGGGGGAGAAGAAGCAGAAGGGGAAGGAGACAAAGGAAAUUAUUAAAAGGAAGAGGGGAAAAUAUUUUAUAUCGAAGAGAUUAUAUUAAAAGAUGCACAAAAUAUUAAAGAGUACCACUUCUAAAAAAAAGUGACUUUUGCUGCUUUGAUGAACAUUGCUUUGAAACGUUGAAAUAAUGUGGUGUGAAACUGUAGGAACCAGAUUUAAAGGUGGAUUUCUGCCGUGACGAUUACUAUGAUUCACCGGAGGCUUUUGCCUUUCAGGGUUCUUGAAAACCAAAAAAUGAAAUAUUUUAAUAAGGAGUUACCAAACUUGCAACAAAUAAAUGGCACUCUGAUUCUAAA